AUGCCCAAGGGCAGGUCGGCCAACCCCCGCGCAGAGCAUGAUGGCGCCUGGUUCGCUCAUAUCGGACUAUGCCAAAGCCAGCCGGAGUCAACUACGGGCUCUGCGCUGAAACAGGUGCAAAGCGUGGGAGAAGCUCAGUAUAUUGCGCAGAGGUUGCCGCCGGGGUACAGAGCUCGGGAGCAGAAAGCAGUGAACAACAAUUUUCCAUUUUCUUCUCAUGACAACAGACAUUGUUUACAGAAUGUAGGAGAAUAUUUUGAUUUUGGUUUUGGACGGAAGAAGGUUGAAUCAGAGAGAAGGCAACACAACUCACAAAACUUCUGCCUAUGGGCACAUGAAUCUGUUCCUAGCAGGGAUGAUGGCUUUACCGUUUAUCAAACAUCAUUCAUGAAAGAUCAAAAUACUGAGCACCCAUUCUGUAGGCGAUAUCCAAAACACCACUUAGAAAAGCGUUGCACUGACAAACCCAUUCCUCAGGAUGAAAAAAACCUGUAGCCAAAAAAGUCAUGUUAAUUAACAAAAGCACCUUUUCUCUGGAUCUGAACUACUCAUCACUCAAACACAUGAUGAAAUAAACAUUUGUGUAAAGUGAACGUGGUUGUGCAGUUGAGACUUCAUCUGAAGCUAGCAAUCAUAUCGAUUUCUCUGAAGACAAGCAUUACAAUAACAAAAAUUAGUGAAGAGCAUUAUGAGGAAAAGUAUGUUUGUACAUAUUUUUAGAAAUAGCUGCAUUAGAAGAAC